GUAGAAAUAAAACACGAUAACCAAGUUCGCUGUGAUAUCAUCUCAACUACUCGUUCAUCAUGGUUUAUAUAUCAUGCGGUGAUUUUAUGAUAGCAAAGCUCGUUGAUGAUCAAAGUAUCGACCCCGCAUAUACAAAAGAGCAAGCCACGCAGCUUUAUCAGAUUUGUUACAGGAAAUAUAGCAGAGGAUACGUUCGACUUGCCACAGAGAAGAUGCUUUACAUGACAGAUAAAUGCUUUUGGCAUCAAUUCUGGCCAGCUGAAGAAUUCCCAAGAGAAAAAGCGCACAAUUUGCUGAACAAAAAGGAGGGCAAAGCUACAAAGAGAAAUGAAAGCGUCGCCGGACAAACAAAUCAAGGUAUUAAGCAAGGAGACACUCAGACCGCACAGAAUGAGGCAGCAGAAUUGGCACCGCAGCACAAUAUUCCCAACUCAGACAAGCCGGCAAAGAUCACCAAUUCCAGAGAAGGCUCGCGAUCAAAGCAGAGGGUUGCAAACAGAGACCGAGCCAAGUCUAUGAGUGGCACUAAAGCUAUAGAUUGGGGUAUCGUUACAGUACAACGAAGAAAGGAAUACCGGAGGAAAUUAAAACGAAACCUCUCGAGCAAGAAACAGGCAGCGGAAGCAUCAGCACGAGUCUUAUCCAAACACAAUUCGAAGGCAUCUAUACUAAAUGAAAACUCGCAGAUAUUACAAGAGGGCUUGAAGAAAGCGCAGUCGGCGUCCUUGACUACGCAACUGCAGAGUGGGUUACCAGCAGCAGGUGUGGCUGCAACGAUAGCAUACAAAGAUUCAAAACCACUGGGAGAAUCACGACCCUCGUCUGAAAUGGCACAAGAUUUUCAACUGCAUCCUUCCUCAGAUCGGCUUCAGACACUCGAUGAGAUGAUUGAAGAAGAAAGAGAGAUUGCAAGCCAACUUAGAUGUGUGCGUGCAUCUUGCCCCAGUCCCGAAGAGAGCAGAAAGACAUAUCAGAAUUAUGAUCGAUCGGAUACAGUUGAAAGCGGAACCAAAGAGGUAUCAAAUGAUAGCCGUUUCUGCGUGGUACUAUAAGGUCGACUUAUACUACAAAGCAAUGUCCUUGUUGGCUGCAAGGAAUCAUCUGACGUGUGCGUUUGUUUGUUGGCUGGCUCCAUUUUGAGGAGCGAUUGGAUCGUUAUGAAGCUUAUCAGGGGCUUUGAGAGAUGAAUUGCUACUUCAUUUGCUUCCUGAUACUUGAAUUUCUCCAUAGUCGACUCGCCUAUAUCUCUUACGGCGGAGUUGGAGUUGGGAGCAGCGAACCGCAUGCUGGAUGAAUUGUGGCAGCAUUAUGAGCUGUUGGAGACGUACUUUCCAUAUCGAAAUGGAGGGAAGAGUUCCUACUCAGAGCUAAAUUGCAUAGCGUUUGCCAAUUCAUUGAAUCUGGGGGCUUCAACAACUAGUUUCAUUUCCGUCGUGUUGUCAAGUUUGUAGUGAAGUGAAAUUUAAGUGAAGGUCUAGGGUGCA